AUGUCGAUUAAAUGGAAUUUAGCUCGUCAGAAAGCGGCUGAAGAAAGUCGUCGAUUAUCUUUUACAUCACAUAUCGAUUUAAAUGGAUUAGAUAAAGUCGAACCAAAUUUAGUUAUCGAUAUAAUACGACGCCCAUCUAUCCAGAAUUAUACAUCGCUAAAGAAAUUUCUAUCCAAAUGCAAUCGCCGUUGGUUAGAAAAAUUUCUCAAUAUGGACGGAAUGGAAGUGCUUCUAGAAACGAUGGAAAUAUUAUGUGAUCAAGGCUGUGCUUCCGUUGCUGAUGCUUUUAUUCAAUUGGAAUGCAUACUUUGUAUAAAAGCAAUUUUAAAUUCAACAGCUGGCAUUGAAUACAUCACUGACUGUAAGCAGGCUUCUCGUUUGAUUGCUAAAGCUUUAAAUUCUGAGAGUGUAAUGGUCAGGAAGCAAAUUGUUGAAAUUUUAUCUGCGAUCAGCAUGUAUUCAGCUGAGGGCAGGGAUGUUGUUAUGGAAGCUUUAGAGAACUUUAAAGUAAGCUUGCAACUAAGAUCGAAAUUUCCAUAUCAAAUCAUAAUUGAUGAAUUACGAGAUGAAAAUAUCACAGCUUACAAAGCUACCUUAGUAACAUUUGUAAAUUGCGUCCUAAGAGGAGAAGAAGAUAUCGAUCGCCGAAUUUUGUUAAGAAAUGAAAUGAUAGGUUACGGUCUAUUAGAUGUAAUAAAUAAAUUAAGGCUAAAUGAUGAUGACAAGGAUCUUGAGAUUCAAAUUGCAACAUUUGAUGAAGAAUUAUCAAAAGAUGAGCAUCAGUUAUUGGAACUAAUAGAUACUCCUAGAGAAGACAGUUUUCCGCAUUUUCAACUAUUUAAUGCUAUUUUUAUAAAGGUUAUCCCUAAUUCUAGUUUUACGAAUGAUUGA